CUCGCGUCCGACCCCUUCGCGCGCACGUCCGCCGAAAUCCGCCGUCUCUCUCUCCUCCUCCCUACCGCCGCCCGCUCCCCCGCUGCACACACACCAUGGUACAGAAACGGAAGCUUAAGGCUCGCAGGCCCAAUCUCCGUCUCCGUGACUCUCUCCAGAACAUCGAGACAGAUGCUCAGCACCAUUUGGCUGGCCCGUUCAGGCCCCAGACGCCGUUGGACGCACAGUACGACUCGCCCGUGCGCUCCUCCACCAGCCCUGCUGGCGGAUUAGACCCUUGGUCCACUGAGUCCGAAGGGCUCUGGGCGGAUAUUCGCUCCUUCAGAUGGGUUGUUGUGCCAUGGUCCUCGUUCAAAAUACUCCUCCUUGUCGUUGUCCUCCACCUCAACUGGGAGGUUUUAACGCCCUACGUCGCGCCCGGAGUUCCGAACCCGUUCACCCCUCUCCUCCUCAUCUCCCACUAUAUUCCCACCUCCUCCCCGGACGACCCCCGCUAUGCGAAGGGCUUCCUGGACCUCGCCUUCGUCGCGUAUUAUAUUGUCUUUUGGUCUUGGGUCCGGCAAGUUGUAACACUUCAUAUUUGUCGGUCGAUAGCGCAGUGGUUCGGCAUCAAGAAACAGGCGAAGCUCGCACGGUUUGGGGAGCAGGGAUACGCGAUGGCUUACUUCGCUGUCAUGGGUUCAUGGGGAAUCCGUAUCAUGGCACAGCUGCCGACGUGGUGGUAUCGCACCGAACACUUCUGGAUAGAUUAUCCACACUGGGAUAUGAAGCCAGAGCUUAAAACCUAUUAUCUCAUGCAAGCAGCCUACUGGUGUCAGCAGCUCAUCGUUCUCAUAUUCAACCUGGAGAAACCGCGGAAGGACUACCACGAACUUGUAGCGCACCACUUCGUCACAUUAUGGCUCGUCGGGUACAUGGAGCUACCUGGUAACAUGACUCUCAUUGGGAACGCUGUCUAUCUCAGCAUGGACGUCCCGGAUGCCUUCCUCGCAUUCUCCAAGCUAAUGAACUACAUCCAAUACACGCGCACGAAAACAGUCUCCUUCGUCGUGUUCAUCGGCAUAUGGUCGUAUUUUAGGCACUGGCUGAAUAUCGUCAUGUUGCAUUCCGUAUGGACCCAGUUCGAUCUCAUGCCAGAGACAUCGAAACGCUGGUUUCCUGAGGACGGCGUUUGGAUGGUGUGGUGGAUGAAAUACCAGAUCUUCACGCCCAUCCUGCUCCUACAGUUCCUCAAUCUCUUUUGGUACUUCCUCAUCUGGCGCAUUGCGUACAGGGCGGUUGCGUCAGAAGCCGCGGAUGUGCAAGACGAUCGUUCCGACGAAGAAGACUACGACGACGACGACGAUGACGAUGUGAACGACAAGGAGGACUAGACCGUAUGUCUGUCAAGUCGCCCGCGUCUGGAGGGGGCGCGGGGUACUUGGCAACAGUGAGGCUCGGUCCCGAGACGAAACCGUGGUACAUUCGUGUAUGUACCCGUAGAAUCGCGAAAGAGGCGCGUAACCUUACGUAACACGCCUGGUGGGUAAGUAACUUAGUACGAGAAUCAAACACGAAGACGAUCUGCUGUG